AUGUCGGCUGGGUUUGAAUCAAAAGCUUUGAUUUCAUCUCUGAUUUACAACAUCCCUUGUCCGAAUCCAUCAUCUGCUUCUCUAAACUCUGUUCCGACAAACGCUCUUCACUUCUGCUCUAAGCAGAGGAGGCUUGUUCUCGAGAUUCCCUCUCUUUCCAUGCGCUUAAGGCCCAAAAGGUAUCACCUUUCUCCUCAUUUCUCCAACCCUUUUACAAGAUCUAAGACAGAGAACUAA